CAACGCUUCCCUGUGGGUGAAGCGCUCCAUAGAGAUACGCCUCACUAAAAGAGGCAGAGACAGAGACAGAAUCUGACAGGUAUCAGGAAAGCAUCCCUGCAUCUAGCCCUACACACCAAGUCCUUCUUCCCCCAGGACAUGCCACCUAAGACCAAAGGAAAAAAGAGAAAAACUGGGGAAUGGAAGAAAAAAAAGAACUCGGAUGCUGAUGUGGAGGCCGAGGCCAAGCACAGGCUGGUGCUUCUGGAGAAGGAGCUGCUCCAAGACCACUUGGGUGAGAAGGCUAUAUGGAAGGAUGAGGCUCGCCGAGCCAAAGCGUCUGAAAACCAGCUGAAGCAGAGGUUGCAAGGAUUGGCAGCUGAACUGGAAGGGGCCCGAAGUGAAGGGAAGGCCAUAUUCGCAGAGAUGAACCGCCAGCACCGCGCCCUGCAGGUAGAGAUGGAGGCCCGCAGCAAACACCUGGAGGGGGAAGUGAGGAGCCUUCAGGAGCAGCUAGAAACCUGCCAGAGAGAGGCUGAGGCUUCAAGGAAAGAGGCUGAGCAAGCCCUUGGAGAGAAAGACCGGACGCUGGCUCAGCUUCGGGCCCAUGUGACAGAAAUGGAGACCAAAUAUGAGGAAAUCUUAGAUGGCAGCCUGGACCUGCUCUUGGCCAAGCUGCGAGCCAUCAAGCCUCAGUGGGAUGAGACCGCACUGAGACUCCACACCAGGCACAAGGAGCUGCUGUGCCAGUUUGGCCUCAACCCCCUGGAUCUUUGAGGCUGCUGACCUUUAGUUUCCAAGGCCCAGCAAUAAAGUAUG